AUGUCUGUCUGCCCACUGAGUCUGCUUUCCCUCCUUUUUUUUUCCUUCUCUCUGUGCAGUCAGCGCAUCUCCCAUGCUGAGUGUGCUCAUACGAGUCCCUCCGCGUUUCUGCAGACUCCUGGUCCACAGCGCGCUAGAGUCCCCAAGUCUCGAUUCUUUCGACAUCUCCUCAGCAUGUCUCGUGAUGAGAUCAAGGGGUUUGGCAAGAACGUUGAACAGUUGCUGGCCAAGAACUACCUCAUCUCUGCCAAUAUAUACUGCGUCCUUCGAUGA